CUGUGGGGCCGGGGCCACAGCCCCCACCAUGGCCGGGGAAGGUGUCGGGGGGCACCUCGCAGCCAUCCUGGAGUCCGGGAGCAGCGAGGAGGAGGAGGAAGAAGAGGAAGAGGAGGAUGCAGAGGCAGCUACGGGACAGCUGCACCCACUCCCGGAGCCGGGCGAUGCCGAGGGGCGGCUGGCACAGCUCGAGCAAGCGUCGCAGGCACUGCUGGCAGAGCUGGAGGCGCUGCAGAUGGAGGUGGAGCUGGAGUGGCUGUGCCCGCAGCGAGUCCAGGCCCUCACGGCACAGGGGGACCAGGAGAACGAGCGGCUGCAGAGGCUCAGCCUGGCCCGGACGGCAGAGGAGGGGACACGCGAGGGGGGGACACCUGGAGGGGGGACCCCCAAGAAGGUGCCCCCUGAGGAGAAGUCACCUGAGGGGGUGACUCCCGAGGAGGAUCCCAACCCUGCCCCACGCUCCGGGCAGCAGCUCCCAGAUCUGCAGGAACAGCUAUCCCGGCUCCUGGAGCAGCAGGAGGAGCUCACGGUCCAGGUCCAGGAGCUGCAGAGGCAGAACCAGCACCUGCAGGCCCAGCUGGAGCUGGAGCAGGAGGAGCGGCAGCGCCUGCGGGCGGCCCUGGCCACGAGUCAGCGGGCACUGAGGUCCUUCAAGAGAGUGUCCCAGAUUGUCACCCAGGAUUACUGCGAGGCGCUGGAGCAGCUGGAGCUGGAGCAGGACCUGCGGCUCCACGCCGAAGCCUUUGCCCACGAGAUGCUGGUGCAGCAGAAGGAGGCGAACAGGCAGAGCUCGAUCCUGCUGCGGGACGGGCCCGACGCCCGGCUGGUGGCAGCGCUGCAGGAGCUGGGACGGCUCAGCCGGGAGCUGGAGGAAACCAGGCAGGAGCAGCGGCAGCGGGUGGAGGAGCUGCAGGAGCAGCUGCGGAUGCGGCCGGAGCAGGAGGAGCUGGAUCGGGCCCGGGAAGCUCUGGCUGAGGCGGAGGAGCAGAAGCUGGAGCUGAGGAGGAGGCUGGAGGAGGCUGAGGGGCGGCUGGCAGGGCUGGAGGAGGAAGCGGGAUCCCUGCGGGAGAAGCUGGCCCAGGACCCUCUGCUGCAGACCCGGGCCCCCGAGCCCCCGCCGCCCCCCCCGCUGCCACCGCCGGGCCCCGCUGUCCCCGUGGAUCCCCUGGCAGCCAUCAGGCAGAGGAAGGGGGUGGCAAAGCGGCAGCACGAUAACCUGGGAGCAGAGGAUGUGAAAGCCCAGGAUGGCAGAGCCCAGGAUGGCAGAGCUCAGGAUGUCAGAGCUCGGGCCGUGCAGGAGAUGAUGGAGAGGAUCAGGACCGGGGUGGUCCUGCGGCCAGCCAAGGACAGGGCACACCUGGGCCAGGACCCGGUGGCCGGGAAGCGGAGGAGCGUGGUGCUGGAGCUGCAGGGGAUCCUGGGUGCCAUGAGGAGGCCGAGCCGGAGGCGCAGCGGGCGCCGGGGCAGCGCCAAGGGCCGGGACCGGCAGCUGGAAUCCAUCCUGCAGCGGCGGCGCCGGGCCCUGGAGGCAGCCGUGGGCACCUCCGUGGAAACACCCACGGGCACCUCUGGGGGCUCCUCCAGGGACACCUCCAGGGCCUCCUGCAGCCCCCCAGCACAGGACCAGGCCGGGGCUGUGAGCAGGCCAGACCCUGGGAACACGGACACGGCCCCAGCCGGGUGCCCCCCGGAGGGCAGGGACGGGGACAGGGCCCCGUUCAGGCCCCGGGUGGGUGGUGGCCUCCCCAGGACACGUCCCCUCAGCCGCCCGGCCCGAGGCAGUGGGAGCCCCGGGCUGGAGCAGCUUCCCACGGCGCUGCCAAAGCCUCCCCAGCCGCUCCCACCCUCGUUCUCCAGCAGUUCCCACCCUCCUGGGCUUCAAUGAGAGCGAGGUGGCCCCGUGUCCCCACGUGUCACGUUGUCACUGCGUGCUGG